AUGUUUCCUUUUUCUACAAAAGAAAACUUAACUCAUGAAGAUAUGAAAACCAGCUUCCCUCUGAGAGAAUUUCACUUAAAUAUAUUUUCAAUUUCGGAAAAAUCUCAGCUUGUGCUUUUCACUACUGUUUUACUUAUGUACUUAUUGACUGUGUUUGGAAACCUGACCAUUACUGCGGUUGUGUGUCUGGUGUCCCAGCUGCAAACCCCAAUGUAUUUCUUCUUGUGCAACCUAUCAGUCCAGGACAUUCUUUACGUCUCCGCAAUUUUACCAAAGUUUUUGGCCAUUACAAUUACAGGAGACACCAAAAUCUCUUUCUCAAAAUGCAUCACACAGUUAUUUAUAUUUGCACUCUGUCUUGCAAAUGAAUUUUUAAUACUCACCUCCAUGGCCUAUGACCGUUAUGUGGCAAUUUGUUUACCUCUACAUUAUUCUAUCAUUAUGAACAAAAGGGUUUGCACUUUAUUGGCUUCUUUAUCCUGGCUUACUGCAUGCAUAAAUUCCUUAAUAUUCUCUAUGAUAAUGUCUCAAUUAUCAUUCUGCAAUUUAUGGGAAAUCAAUCAUUUCUUCUGUGAUGUGCAGUCUAUGCUGAAUAUCUCCUGCAGUGACACCAAAAAUGUUAGGAUUUACGUAUAUGCGGGAUGUUUAAUGUUAGGUGUAUUUCCAUUUCUAGUGAUUUUGGUCUCCUACAUUUUCAUCAUAUCCGCCAUCCUAAAGAUCAGAACCACAGAAGGAAGACGCAAGACCUUCUCCAGCUGCUCCUCACAUCUCAUAGUGGUUAUUCUGUUUUGUGGGACAUCUAUGGGCAUGAAUAUGAAGUCUGAAAAUAACCCAGAUAUAGAUAAAAUACUCUCUAUGGUAUACAUUGCUGUGGUCCCAAUGUUAAAUCCCCUUGUCUAUAGUUUAAGAAACAAAGAAUUUAUAAAAAUAAUUAAAAAACGCUUGAAAAAUCCUUGCUUAAAGCACAAAUAA